AUGCUGCUUCAAGGUCUGGUCGUGGCUGGGGGAGCCAGCUACAUCCUUCAAAACAAUGCACCACAUUAUUCACUCGGCUUUUGGACAACUGCAUUCGCUGUCUUUUCAAUUUACUUCUUCCUCGCCCAGACAUGGCGCAUCAUUGUCUACCCACGCUUCUUCAGUCCUCUUCGGCACCUGCCACACCCUGACGAUGGACACUGGCUCUGGGAUCAAACCAUGAGGAUUCUUAAAGAGCCUACAGGCAUUCCCUUGCGUUAUUGGAUUGACAAUGUGCCAAACACUGGGUUAAUCACAUACUCUACGUGGUUUGAGCCGCGAGUACUGGUGACCAAUCCCAAAGGUCUCGCCGAGGUUCUUGUGACCAAAAACUACGACUUUGGGAAGCCGAAACAGUUUAGCCAAUCUCUGGGAAGAAUCCUAGGCAUGGGCAUAUUGUUUGCCGAGGGUGAUGAACACAAGCGACAGCGGAAAAACCUGAUGCCUGCCUUUGCUUUCCGUCACAUCAAGGACCUGUACCCAACCUUUUGGAGCAAGUCGCGGGAAAUGGCCCAGGUUCUGUCUGCCACCAUCAAAGCAAAGUCCGACUCCAGCGUAGCGGCAGAGGAGAAAAUCAGCGCCGACCCCAAUGCAGCUCAGCACGCUCCUGGGGCCAUUGAAGUAUACGACUGGAGCUCUCGUGCCACACUCGACAUCAUUGGCGUAUCAGGCAUGGACCGCGACUUCAACUCCCUCAACGAUCCUGCAAACAAACUCAACCAAACCUACAAGACCAUCUUCAACACUGGCAGAGUUGGAAGGUUCAUCAGACUUUUGGCACUAUUUGUUCCCAUCCGACUCCUCCGUCUCCUGCCGUUGAGGCGCAACGCUGAGAUGAGUGCAGCCAGCUCUUACAUCAAGCAAGUUUGCCGGGAUCUCAUUGCGGGGAAACGAGAAAGACUCGACGUUGAGAAGCAGCGAUCCAAGGCAGACAUUGAUAUUCUUUCCGUUGCACUCAAAUCAGGCGGCUUUAGCGACGAAGACCUCGUCAACCAAAUGAUGACUUUCCUCCUCGCGGGACACGAAACGACGGCCACGGCAAUGGCCUGGGCCGUGUACGAGCUCUGCAAACGCCCCGAGACCCAACGAAAAUUACGCGACCAAGUUCGUUCCAAACUCCCUUCACUUGAUGAUGACAUCACCGCCGCGGAAAUCGACAACUGUUCGUACUUGCAAGCCUUUUGCAACGAAGUCCUUCGAGUGUGGUCCCCCGUUCCCCUGACCCUGCGUGUCGCCGCAAGGGACACGAGCAUUCUGGGCCAAUUCAUCCCAAAGGGCACUCCUGUGAUUCUUUGUCCAUGGGCCGUGAACUUAUCCGAGCAGCUCUGGGGCGCAGACGCCAAGGAAUUCAAGCCGGAGCGCUGGCUCGACGCCAACGGUCACACAAACAACCGCGGAUCCGCAGACUCCAACUACUCUUUCAUGACAUUUCUACACGGCCCAAGAAGCUGUAUUGGCCAGAAGUUUGCACAGGCUGAGUUUGCGUGUCUGGUUGCGGCUUGGGUGAGCAGAUUUGAGACGAGAUUCGAGGAUGGGGGGCCGCUGGCUAGGGGAGAAGAACCGGAUUUCACGACGGAAAUUACGACGAAGCCAAAGGGGGGACUGUGGGUGCAGUUGACGGAGAUUGAGGGACGUCGUUGA